CCGCCGCCGCCGCCGCCGAAGUGGCGAAGUGAGGCGGCGGCUGAGCCCCGCAUCAUGGAGGGCAGCUCCGCCGCGGCCCCAGCCCCAGCCCCAGUCGCCACCGACAACAGCCGCCUCCCGCGCCCGGUCUGCCGGCUCUCGUCGCUGCUCUCAGGGCUCCGUUCCUUCCUCACCUCGAAGACAGUAUGAAGGAGACUAGGGGCCAUGCGAGUUCCCCUUUCUGCACGCGCCUCAACCACUCCUACCCCGGCACCUGGGCGCUGGAGCGCUCCGCUGAGGCGCGGAGCAACCUAACGCGUCCCGCGGGGCCCGGCGAGGAUUUCGGCUCGGUGUCCGUAGCCUUCCCGAUGACCAUGCUGAUCACUGGCUUCGUGGGCAACGCGCUGGCCAUGCUGCUCGUGUCUCAGAGCUACCGGCGCCGGGAGAGCAAGCGCAAGAAGUCGUUCCUGCUAUGCAUCGGCUGGCUGGCGCUCACCGACCUCGUCGGGCAGCUGCUCACCAGCCCGGUGGUCAUCGUCCUGUACCUGUCCCACCAGCGCUGGGAGCAGCUCGACCCGUCGGGGAGGCUGUGCACCUUCUUCGGACUGACCAUGACCGUCUUUGGGCUCUCUUCGCUCUUCAUCGCCAGCGCCAUGGCCGUCGAGCGGGCGCUGGCCACCCGGGCGCCGCACUGGUACUCGAGCCACAUGAAGACGAGCUCCACCCGCGCCGUGCUGCUCGGCGUGUGGCUGGCGGUGCUCGGCUUCGCCCUAUUGCCGGUUAUGGGUGUGGGUCAGUACACCAUCCAGUGGCCCGGGACGUGGUGCUUCAUUAGCACCGGGACAGGGGGCAAUGGGACUAGCCCUUCGCACAACUGGGGCAACAUUUUCUUCGCUUCCUCCUUUGCUUUCCUGGGGCUGUCAGCGCUGGCCGUCACCUUCGCCUGCAACUUGGCCACCAUUAAGGCCCUAGUGUCCCGCUGCCGGGCCAAGGCCACGGCGUCGCAGUCCAGCGCCCAGUGGGGCCGGAUCACGACCGAGACGGCUAUCCAGCUCAUGGGGAUCAUGUGCGUGCUGUCGGUCUGCUGGUCGCCGUUGCUGAUAAUGAUGUUGAAAAUGAUCUUCAAUCAUACAUCAGUUGAGCACUGCAAGUCGUACACAGAAAAGCAGAAACAGUGCAGCUUCUUCUUAAUAGCUGUUCGCCUGGCUUCACUGAACCAGAUCUUGGAUCCCUGGGUUUAUCUGCUGCUAAGAAAGAUCCUUCUUCAAAAGUUUUGCCAGAUCAGGCACCACACAAACAACUAUGCAUCCAGCUCCUCCUCUUUACCCCACCAGUGCUCCUCAACCUUGAUGUGGAGUGACCACUUGGAAAGAUAAUGAAAGAACAGAGUUGGACUUUUUAUUGCAAUUCCUGCUUCCCUGAGUUUGUGUAUUUCUUCCUACCUGAGAAGAAGAAUUUUAUAUUUUGAUUUGGAAUUUUUCUUCUUUUACAUCUUUUAAAAAUUUUUAAUGUUUUUUCUUGUCAGUAAUAUCCACUGAGACCAAGUUUAUUACUGUAAUAUGUGUCUUUGAGUAUUAAAAAUUGGUUUCUGGGACUGGAUUUUGAGUAUAUAUUUAAGAAGCUGGGCACGAUUGCACAGGUGGUGACUGGUGAAAAAAUGAGAAAAAGAAAACCCCAUCCUUCAUGAGUUUUCCCCCAACUUCAAACCCUUAUGUGAAUCUCAACUGAUGUGGGUAUCUUUACAUUUUAUGGUAGUUUUGAUUUUACAAUAUGAGUUUGUAAAGUCAGUAAAAGUUUUUGUCAGUGAAAAGUCAACUUACUGAGAGCAAGAAUUCAAUUAAUAAGACAUAAACUUCACGAGAUAGAAAAGGAUGCCAAAUGAAGGCAGGAGGG